AUGCGUUUCUCCACGAUCACCACCAUUGCCCUUGCUGGCUCUGCCUACGCGGCUCCUGCAUUCGACAUCGCGCGUCGCGAUGCGAGUCUCGAGAUCUUCAGACGUGAAGCCGAAGCCGGACUGGGCGAUUGGAUAAGCAGCACCGCUCGCAAAUGGUUCAUGGGCUUCGAGAAGCGCGACAUGGACGUGGACAUGCUCAGACGCGAGGCGGAGGCUGGUCUAGCACGCGAAGCGGAUCCCAUUCUCGGAGCAUUUAUCAACUCGUUGCCUAUGAUGUGGCAGGCACUUGGUGGAGAGGAGAAGCGAGAUCUCGCCAACUUGGCCGCGCGGGACGCCGAUCCUAUCCUUGGGGCCUUCAUCAAUUCUUUCCCCAUGAUGUGGCAAGCGCUCGGUGGCGAAGAGAAGCGUGAUUUGAAUGCACUUGCCGCGCGCGAAGCGGACCCAAUUCUUGCAGCCUUCAUCAACUCCUUCCCAAUGAUGUGGCAGGCACUGGGUGGAGAGGAGAAGCGAGAUCUUGCCAACUUGGUAGCACGAGACCCGGAACCUGUCCUUGGAGCACUGAUUCAGUCGUGGCCUAUGAUCUGGCAGGCGCUGGGUGGCGAGGAGUAGGCUGACUCAGAGUUCGUUCCUGGUUGAUCUGAGCGUGGAGAAGCGCAAUUUGCGUAGCAGUCUUGGGACUCCUCUUGACUUCAAUGAGGAGGUGGAGACCGCUGUUAUGCUACGGGCUGCACGGAUUGCAUGAGUUGCUGGAUCAGGAAUGUACUUGUGGGUGAAAGCUGAUUGUAUGACGCGAGGCUGGCACUUGUUGGUCAUUAUGAGCCAGGAGAGAGAAAGAAUGCGAGGUAGACAUGGAUUGUGGAUAGAAAUUUGUAUCGGUUGUUG